AUGAUAUUAAAUGCAACAAGUACUAAUGACAUCAAUGCAGUUCAAUGGUUAUGUUAUCAAUAUGGGGUACAAUCGAUUCCAUUCGACUCGACAAUGUGCAAUGGGUACCCUCAAAUCAUUUGUUCUCCAAAUGGUGAUGUUAUUCAAAUUAACCUAAAAAUAGAGACAUCUCAAGGUGUUGAAAUGCCAAACGCUACAAUGCCUCUUAUAUUUGAUUCAUUGACCAUACUCGAGAUUACAUUGGGUGCAUCUACAAGAGUUGCUAUACCAAGCAUCAAUAUAUUAUCUAAACUAACAAACAUGCCAAAACUAGUUAAAAUAGCUAUUACAAAUGAUCCAACUAUUGAUAUGAUACCAACAUCAUUUCCAACAAUGAUACCAAAUCUAUCAACACUUCAAUUAAUCAAUAAUAAGCAAUUGACUACUAUUCAAAAUCCAAUUGGGUUUAUUCAACAUCCCAACCUCGCUUAUUUAAGCAUUCUCGGAUCACCUUUAAAACAUGUUACUGUAAACUCUUCCAUCGGUAUUCCCAAUCUAACAGAAUUACAAUUAUCAUUAAUACCAACCGAACCAAAAUAUCUUGAUUUACAAUCAUCCAAAUUUCCGCGUUUAAGAUAUCUUGUUAUGAAUAAUAAUAUAUUAGGAAAUAUUUAUACUGGUCCCCCAAUUACUAUUACUUUUAAUUCAAAAGUAUUAUCUACAGUAACAUUAAUCGGUAAUAGUUUUAAAUUGUCAAUAGUAAAUACAAGUUCACUUUUAUCAUUGUAUAUUUCAGGAAAACAAUCAACUUUAACUCCUAGUACCAUUGAAAGUUAUCCAAAUUUGGCAAGAGCUAAUUUGAAUGAUAUUACAUCAUCGAUUGUUUCAUAUAAUCAAUAUCCUACCUAUUUGCAGUUUUAUGGAAUGACCAACAGCACUUUGACAACAAUUCCAAAUAUACCAUUUCCUGAAUCAAUGAAAUCAAUAGAUUUUUCAAAUAAUCAACUUCAAGGUCAAAUUGAUUUCAAUACAUUGUUUCCUCCGGUUGUAUCUUCAAUGUUUACCAUUCAUAACAAUCCUGGUAUAACUGGAUCAAUCCCAGAAUCAUUUUGUGCCAAUUAUUUGUAUGCCAAUAAUACUGGACUAGUAUCGAUUCCCGAUUGUUUUUGGUGUUAUUAUGGUAAUCCAUACAUGUUUCAAAUAUAUCCUCAAACUCUACCUCCCAAUUUCGUUUGUACUGCAGAAUUUAAUUCAACAUUAAUACCAAUUAAAUCAAACUUGGGUAUGAUUUAUGGUAGAAACCUUGGAUAUGGUGCAAUCGAGCAGGGGUAUGCUUUAAUUGUUGUCAUUGCAAAUUCUCAAAUGUUGAUGCAUAUUACUAAUACGCCUCGACAAGGUGGUCCCCCAAGAACAGUAUCGAUCAGACCCCACAGCAGCACUAUAUACAAUCUAUCGGUGAUCGAAACAGAUAUCAUCAUUAGAGACCUGGAUAUCUCCCAAAAGCCAUCCUCCACCGCUGUCUUGUUAAGCCUUGCAUUUUACAAUGAUUAUCUACCACAUUAUUUGACAAUUGACCAAGUGGUGAAUGGAACCGUUACACAACAAUUCCCAUGUCCCGUCGUAUCAACUACAAAUGACUCAUUUAUUUGUGAAACAAAUAUGCCAGUUCAACCUGGCAUCGUUAAUAUUCAUUUUAAAAAUGAAUAUUAUUCAAUCUCUAAUAAUUCUAUUGAAUUUAUUCAAGAUAAUAUUGUAAAGAAUGGAUCUGUGUUUACAUUAACUGGGAUAUUCUCGCAGAUAUCAGCACCGUCAACUCUUACAUUCAGCUCUGUGUUUGGUGAUAGCCGUUGUAUAGUGACUGAAUUUUCAUUUAGUCAAAUCAAAUGUACUCUUGAAGAGAAUAUUAAAGGUGGACCAUUGGUCAUUGUAAAGAUCAAGGUUGAUAGUUAUUCCAAUGUAUAUUCAAUCGACACUAUUCCAACCCCUUAUAGUAAAUGUAUGAAUGAUACAUUCAACUGUCACGACAAUGGUCAAUGUUCCUUUGAUGGUUUUUGUGUUUGUCCAUCACCAUCAUUUUAUAAUAAUUGUUUAAUUCCAUAUCCAACAAUAUCAUCAUCAUCUAUAAUUACUAGUGGUAAUGAUAGCAAACAAUUGAUAUUUUUUGGUGAUUUUGGACCAUUUAAUCAAUCUGGAGUUAUAGUAUUGAUCAAUGAAACAAUUAGUUGUAAUGUAACAACUGCUUCACAACAAUUGAUUCAAUGUCAACUAGAAAAUACACCAACUAUAGGAAUUGCAUCUGUCAAGAUACAAGUUGAUACCCGAACCGUCAUUGUCAACGAUGCUAUAUUAUUCUCUAAUCCAACACCACCUAUUUAUAAUGAUGAAGAAUCAUGUCGAAAAGAUACCCAUGAUUGUUUUGGUAAUGGACAUUGUGAUGAAAUGGGACAAUGUCAAUGUGAUGUUGAUUAUCAUUCAAUUGAUAAUUGUAGAACUAAAUUUUUAAAUUCAAUUGAUACACCAAAUAUUAAUAAUGUAUCACCAAUUAUAUCUUUUAAUUUUGAAUCGAGUUCUUUUCAAUUUGAAAUCUAUUCCAUUCAAGAAAUUGAUUUUGAAAGUAAUUUAACAGCAAAAAAGGAAUUAUUAAUUUCAAAUUAUAAUUGGAGUAUGAAUAGUAAUAAUAGUAACGCAACAACUUCAUCCUAUACAUUAGUAUUUGAUGAUGACAACAGUAAUAAUAAUAGUAGUAGUAACUCAACAAUUCCAAAAGAUUUAAAUGUUACAUCUAUUAUUUCAUACAAUAGAGAAUCAAGUAAAAUUGAAUUGAUUGGUGGUAUAAAUGAAACAUUUGAUUUAAAUCCAAAUUCGAUUAGAUUAUCAGUAUCUAUAGAGGGAUGGAGAUAUUCAUCUAAUAUGGCCAGACUCAAGGUUCUAUUCAAGACAACCAUUCCGAAAGAACAAACAUUUAUUUUUGAUUGUGACGAGCAACCAUUAGACAGUUUUACCAAUAACCAAUUGUCACCAACUAUCCAGUACAUUCGCAUUGCACGAGAUAAUGUACAAUACCAUGGUAGAUUUGUUGAUCGCGUAGUGUCGGAUGGCCACCCAACCUACUCCAAAACAGAACUGGUUUCACUGACACCAUUGAACGACCAAGAAUCAACGGCCAUCAUUGGAAUCAACCUCCCUCAAUGCCAGCAAUGCACCAUUGAUCCAAUCGAUUUCACUCCGUUGCACUACGACCAAGGCAGUCAAGAUUGCGACAAAUCAGAUUCAUGGAAAAUAAUUGUCGGUGUAGUUCUUGGCCUCACUGCAUUCAUUGCCCUCGUCAUAGCAUCAGUCAUCAUAGUGAAAAAGAAAAUGUUAAUAAGAGAGUCUGAAAAAAUGAGAGAAAGAAAAUUACAACGUUAUAAAUAA